AUGAUUAUUAGUAAUUAUAGAUAUAAAAGUAUUAUAUUUAUAUCAACAUUGUUGUUGGUAUGUUCAUGGUCAGUAUCAGUGUCAUCAAGUGAUAUCGAUGCUGCCUCCUCAUCGAUUCCUCGAUGUAUUGUAGAUCAAAGAAUUAACAAUGAUAAAUACUCGAUGGAUUGUACAACAUACAAUCAAUACGAUGUUAUGAUAUGUCCAUCGAUCACAGCAUGUUUAUCAUCAGGUCAAGCUCAACAAUUCGGAACCUACAAUAUCUUGGUUAAAGAUGGUGUCUAUGAUUGUGUUCAACCCACUUCAAUCUCUUUGAGUAACGAUCUAUUCGUCAAUAUCAAACCAUUCAAUGUAUCUUCAGGUGUCUCUUUUAAAUGUUAUGAUAAUUAUUUCUUAAAUAUAGUCACAGAUUCCCAAAUUAGAGUCAAUAUUUCAAGUAUUGAAAUUGAUUGUGCAAGCUAUGACGAGAACACUCAAAGAAGAAGUUGCAUCUAUAUGAAUGGGGAGAAUAACAGAAUUUCCGAACUCAAUUUGCACAAUGUUACAAUUAGAAAUGCUCACUCCAACAGUCAAUUCAUUGAAUCAGGUGCUGUCACCCUCUACAGACUUUCUGCAACUGUCACCGAUUCACUUUUCAUCAAUUGUACAUCAAAUGGACCUGGUGGAGCUAUUGGAAUAUUGGAUAGUACUCCAUCACUUAAUGUUUUCAAUUCAAGAUUUUACAAUAAUGUAGGUUCUUACGGUGGUGCUCUCUAUACAAUUGGAUCAUCAAUUAAUGUCUAUAAUUCAAUUUUCUCUAACAACACUGCUAAUCAACAUGGAGGUGCCAUUUAUUCAGAUUUCGGAAAUGUUCAAAUCAACAGCAAUGUAUUCCUUUAUAAUACAGCUAUCACUGGUAGUGGUGGUGCAGUCAGAGUUUGCUCUGAAAGAAAUGUUAGACUUUACUCCAAUAACUUUGAUUCCAACAAAGCAAUUAAUGGAUAUGGUGGUGCUUUGUAUUUAGGACAAAAUACUCAAGGACUUAUUAUAUUUGAUGUAUCAUAUUCGCUAUUCACAGAUAAUAUUGCACUUUAUGGUGGUGGAAUUGCAACUCAAGUACAAGACCGUGAAAGUGGUGCGUUCAAUUUAACACUAGCGAUAUUUAAGAAUAAUCGUGGAAUAUCUACUUCCGCCAGUAUAUAUUUCAAUUCCCAAAGCUCCAUUCGAUUGAUUGGUGGUAAAUUCUUUUUACCAACUUUUGUAUAUCAACAUUUCCCACCAUAUUAUACCAAUUAUUUGAAAUAUAAUAUUCAAAAUUUGAACAAUAGAGAUGAUUGUCCAAUCAAUUCACAAUUAUUCUUUGGCUCACAAACAACUCCAAAUACUUGUUUACAAAUUGAUAAUAUGGUAGAUCCAACACCUACACCAACACAAACACCCAUACCAUCUUUCACAACCGAAGGAACAACUGAAUACUCAUCAGGAACAAGUGAUUUUUCAUCAGGCACAACAGGUUCCGAUGGAUCAGGAUGGGCAACAACAUCAUCAAUAUCAACAUCUGGAUCAUGGACAUCCGGAUGGUCUACUUUCUCAUCGACAACUGGAUCAUUCACAACUGGAUGGCCAUCUUUCAGUUCAUCAUCAACAUCGAGUUGGUACACCACCACUUCAUCCUACUCAGGUUCAUCUUCAAAUGAACAAUCUGACAGCAACGAUCAAAAUACCAAUCCACUUUUGGCAUUGGCAUUUUUAUUUGCAACUUGUUUCGCUUCUCUUUUCUUUUUCAUCGUUGCCAUCAUCAAAGGUGUGAGAAAAUAA